AUGGCUGGGCCUGGACUAUGGUGGACUUGGAGGGUGCUUGGGUCUCUGCUGUUGGUGCCAGGAAUUCUGGGUUGGGGCAAAGAAGGCCACUUCGCAAUUUGCAAGAUAGCAGAGGGCUUUCUGAGUAAAGAUGCUCUGGCUGCAGUAAAAGAAUUGCUUCCAGCGUCUGCCGCGGGUGAUCUUGCUGAAGUUUGUUCCUGGCCUGAUGAGAUUCGAUACCAUUUGCGGUGGAGUAGUGCUUUACAUUAUGUUGACACACCAGAUUUUUUGUGUAACUACAAAUAUUGCAGAGACUGUCAUGACCCUGCUGGACAUAAUGAUAGAUGUGUGACCGGAGCAAUUUACAACUAUACAAUGCAACUCUUUUCAGCUUAUCAUGACUCCAUCUCAGAAUCAAAGUACAACUUAACUGAAGCACUUAUGUUCUUGGCUCAUUUUAUUGGGGAUGUCCAUCAGCCCCUACAUGUUGGCUUCACCGGAGAUGCAGGCGGGAACACAAUAAUAGUCCGAUGGUAUCGCAGGAAGACGAAUCUCCACCAUGUCUGGGAUAAUAUGAUCAUUGAAUCUGCUGUAAAGACAUUCUAUAGUAAAGAUCUUGCAAUCAUGAUAAAGGCCAUUGAAAGUAAUAUUACGGAUGGCUGGUCCAAUGAUAUAUCAGAAUGGCAGAAUUGUUUAAAUAAUCAGACUGUAUGUCCAAAUGAAUAUGCUUCUGAAAGCAUUAGGUUGGCAUGCAAAUAUGCUUACAGAAAUGCCACACCAGGAAGCACACUAACAGAUGAUUACUUCCUUUCUCGGCUACCUUUUGUGGAGAAGAGGAUAGCUCAAAGUGGGGUCCGCCUGGCUGCUACCCUCAAUCGUGUUUUCUCUUCUGAAGCAAAAAUUGCUGAAGCAUGA